AUGCAGGGCUUCCCCAGAGGAAGUGUGGGCCGAGGGCUGUCCCCUGUGGACAGGCAGAUGCUCCUGGUCUGCAGCUUUGUCCUGGCAGCAGCUUUGGGCCAAGUGAAUUUCACAGGUGACCAGGUUCUUCGAGUCCUGGCUAAAAAUGAGAAGCAACUUUCACUUCUCAGGGAUCUGGAGGGCCUGAAGCCCCAGAAGGUGGGCUUCUGGCGUGGCCCAGCCAGGCCCAGCCUUCCUGUGGAUAUGAGGGUUCCUUUCUCUGAACUGAAGGACAUCAAAGCUUACCUGGAGUCUCAUAGCCUUGCUUACAGCAUCAUGAUAAAGGACAUCCAGGUGCUGCUGGACGAGGAGAGAGAAGCCAUGGCGAAAUCCCGCCGGCUGGAGCGCAGCACCAGUAGCCUCAGUUACUCCUUGUAUCACACCCUGGAGGAGAUAUAUACCUGGAUCGACAACUUUGUAACUGAUCAUUCAGAUAUUCUCUCAAAAAUUCAGAUUGGCCACAGCUUUGAAAAUCGGCCCAUUCUUGUUCUGAAGUUCAGCAGUAGAGGUUCGCAGCGCCCAGCCAUCUGGAUUGACACUGGAAUCCACUCCCGGGAGUGGAUCACCCAUGCCACUGGCAUCUGGACUGCCAGGAAGAUUGUCAAUGAAUAUGGCAAAGACCGCAUCGUGACAGACGUACUGAAUGCCAUGGACAUCUUUAUGGAGAUUGUCUCCAAUCCUGACGGGUUGGCUUAUACCCACAGCAUGAACCGCUUGUGGUGGAAGAACAAGUCCAGCAGACCCUGAAUCUUCUGCAUUGGUGUGGAUCUUAACAGGAACUGGAAGUCAGGCUUUGGAGGAAAUGGUUCUAACAACAACCCCUGCUCAGAGACUUAUCAUGGGCCCUCCCCUCAGUCAGAGCCAGAAGUGGCUGCCAUUGUGGACUUCAUCACGUCCCACGGGAACAUCAAGGCUCUGAUCUCCAUCCACAGCUACUCUCAGAUGCUCAUGUACCCCUAUGGCCACUCUCUGGAGCCUGUUUCAAACCAGGAAGAGUUGUACAGUCUUGCCAAGGAUGCAGUGCAGGCCCUGUAUGAGGUUCAUGGGAUCGAGUACAUUUAUGGCAGCAUCAGCACCACCCUCUAUGUGGCCAGUGGUAUCACUGUCGACUGGGCCUAUGACAGUGGCAUCAGGUACUCCUUCACCUUCGAGCUCCGUGACACGGGGCCCUAUGGCUUCCUGCUGCCAGCCACACAGAUUAUCCCCACAGCCCAGGAGACGUGGAUGGCCAUUCGGACCAUCAUGGAGCACACGCUUAAUCACCCCUACUGA